AUGGCCGACGACGCUCUCUCCAUCUAUGACGAGAUCGAGAUCGAGGACAUGACCUUCGACCCAGCCAUGCAAAUCUACCACUUCCCCUGCCCCUGCGGCGACCGGUUCGAGAUCGCGAUCGACGACCUGCGCGAUGGCGAGGAGAUAGCCGUGUGUCCGAGCUGCAGUUUGAUGAUUCGGGUUAUUUUUGAUCUGGUGAGUUUGUUCCAGCGGUGGAGGCUGGAUAUGUUCCUGAAAUGCUGA